AUGCAAAGAUCAACCUUUGUAAUUGCUACAUUCCUUUUGGUUUGUUUGCUGGCUGUUGGUAUUACAGGCUCUCAAUUGACUAGAGAGGAAAGAACUCAAGUAAAACGUUUGUUUAACAAGAUUAUUGACAAGCGUGUUGAUAAACUCAUUAAAAAGAUUGAAAGAAGAAGUACCUAUCAAGAAGAAGCUGAUGUUGUCGAGGAGAGUUUGAUGGCCCACUUUUUGAGAAUUGUCAAUAAGUUUGGUUUACAACAAACAAAACAAUUGAUUAUAAAAGCAUUGCAAGUAAUAGACAAGAGCAAGAUUAAGUAUAUUGAAAGUGCUGAUCUUGCUGCUAACAUGCAAUUAUCAGACGAAAGCCUUGCUGGAUAUUUCUUCCAAGUAUUGAGUAUUCUUGGUGAAAAAGCUUUUAGAACUGUCUUUUCUCUCAUUGAUAGAUUUGUUGAUCCAACUCCACCUCCACCAGGAGCAAGCCAUAAGUACAGAACACAAGGAGAUUAUGAUGAAAUGUCUGAUCAAUUAGUAACAUUGUGGGAUUACUUUUGGUAUGUUGUUGGUCAAAUUGGCUCCAGUGCAGCAGUAAGAAUUUUCAAUGUCAUAAGAAGAAUCUUUGGAGAUGGACCAAGAGAGCAAUCUGAUUCUGCUAUUGCUUUGGAUUUUAGACAAAUGGUAAUUACUGCCUUCCCACACAUGGCUCAAUAUAUUAAUGCAAAUUGGAAAGAUGGAAAGACAAUGAAUUGGAAGGAAUUCUACACUUUGGCCUUCCCAAAUAAAUAA